AUGUGCGCUGGACCCACCCAACACCGCGGGAGCCUCUUUCCAUUCCAGUGCUUCCUUCUGGGGGCCCUGGUGUUCUUGCUGUCUGCUACAUCCUCUGAAGCCUGUGGUGAGCCACCAAAAUUUGAAACAAUGCAGCUCACUGGCCAAUCUAAACCCCUUUAUGAGGUGGGCGAGCAAGUACAUUACGAAUGUAAACCUGGAUACAAGCGGAACCUCUUUCGACACUUCUUCUACUUGUGGUGCAGACAGCAAUGGUCCUCUCUUUCAAAUUAUGCUUGUUCUAAAAAAUCAUGUCAAGUUCACCCGAAUCCUAUUCAUGGCAAAGUAGCCGUUCCUAAUGGAAGCGUGGAGCUUGAUUCAAAAGUUGAAUUUGUUUGUAAUGAGGGAUUUUACUUAGUUGGUACGAAAGUUCUACAAUGUCAGCUUCAAGGAUCGAAUAUGAGUUGGAGCGGGGAUCCCCCACGAUGCGAAAAGAUUUUGUGUAAAGCGCCUCCACAAAUAAAAAAUGGAAAGUACACCCCAGAAGAAAAGGAAGUAUUUGAAUAUUCUGAAGUAGCAACUUAUACGUUGCGAUAA